UGCUCACGUCCCACAUUCUGCUCACCCUUUUCUUCAAAUCAACUCCAUCUUCUCUCCCUCUCUCUGUAAAUUUCUCGUUGCUGAACAAAUCAACAAAUCUUUCUCUUUCAUUAUUGUUUUCUUAGUCCACAAUAUCUCUCGAGCGUUUUUGGGGCUUCCGGUUUUUUAUAUUUUAAGAAAAGUCCCUUUUCAUUGCCAGCCAUGACCGAGGUCUUUCAUUACCCUUCCCAUUUUUCUUACUCGUCAAGGAGAAGCUCUUCCUCCUCUUCUUCAUCGUUUUCUUUUACAGCACUUUCCAGUGAUGGCUUUCUCUUUAUCCCAGCAACUCAGACUCGCUCGUCUACUGUGAGCGAGGAAGGUUGUAAUACGGCGACGUAUUCUGACACUGAGGACGGAUAAUAAUCACCGGACCGAACAACUUCCUCUCUCGGCGCUUCUUGCGACGCCUUUCAGGGAUCCUCGAUUGCUUGUAAGAGUAAUGGGAGGGAUGGAAAUCGGAUGGCCGUCUAACGUGCGCCAUGUUGCGCACGUCACAUUUGAUAGGUUCAAUGGUUUCUUGGGUUUGCCAGACGAAUUCGAACCUGAAGUGCCCAGAAGGCCUCCCAGUGCUAGUGCAACUGUUUUUGGAGUUUCAACCGAAUCCAUGCAGUUAUCGUUUGACUCCAGAGGGAACAGUGUGCCAACAAUUCUGUUAUUAAUGCAAAGACGCCUGUAUAGUGAAGGAGGGUUGCAGGCAGAGGGCAUAUUCAGAAUUAAUGCAGAAAAUAGUCAAGAGGAAUAUGUUAGGGAGCAAUUAAAUAGGGGAGUGGUCCCUGAAGGCAUUGAUGUACAUUGCUUAGCAGGACUUAUCAAGGCUUGGUUUAGGGAACUGCCAAUAGGCGUUCUGGAUUCCUUAUCACCUGAGCAGGUAAUGCAAAGCCAAACUGAAGAGGAGUGUGCUGAACUGGCAAGGAAUCUACCUCCCACUGAAGCUGCCCUCUUGGACUGGGCAAUCAAUCUGAUGGCUGACGUUGUCCAACAUGAACAUCUGAAUAAGAUGAAUGCACGCAACAUUGCAAUGGUUUUUGCCCCUAACAUGACUCAGAUGGCAGACCCUUUGACUGCAUUGAUGUAUGCAGUUCAAGUGAUGAACUUCUUGAAGACACUGAUACUCAGGACGCUGCGAGAAAGAAAAGAUUCUAUAGUAGAAUCUUCACCUGUUUUUUACUUAGAGCCCUCUGAUGAUAAUAGUUACCAUGGCCCCAUACAGUUCUGCCAGCAAGAUUCUGCCAAAGAUAAUGAAGAGGCUCAGGCCUUCACAAUUGAAAAAACUGUCUCCGAACGUAACCCUGCCCCUGAUUCCCUCCAAGAGACUAACUUAACAUCUGGAGGAGAAUCUGGCAGUUUGGUAACCUCUUCUGAAAACCCAGCAUGUCAUGAGGAUUUGUAUUGUGAGUAUCCACCAAAAGGAAAUGUUGUGAAGAGUAAAACAGGCCAAUCCAACAAUUCAAAUUCAAGAAAGGGGUCGAAGAAAACCAGAGACCAGCAACCUACGAACCAAAGAACAACGACUGUUGAGAAAACUAAGGGAACUGGUAAACUGAGUCGCAUAAAUUCAAGAUCUGAUAAGGCAGAACCAUGGCGGUGAAACAAGAACAGCCAUACUGGAGUAAAGUUAUUCUAUAAACAUUGUGGUACUGUAACUUUGUUUGAUUGUUAAAGUGUUUAUUGUAUUGUAUUGUUUCUUUUACUUCCCGGACUCUAUGAAUGCACUAAAUUGUAACGAAUUCUCGAUCUGUUUGUUUACUUGUCUUCUCAUAUUUAUUCCUGAAUGAUCGUUCCAAUGUAA